UUUCAUUUUCAGCAGUAUCAAAAUGGCCGUAUAGAGUAAAAAUAUCGAAUAGUUUUCAAUUUCACUGAAAUAAUGGAUAUCAAAUGUAGAGAAUAUCGGAACUAUUUUAACUGUUUAAAAACUGUAAUUCAUAGAACCUUUGUGCAUAAAGUUAAUCAUCGAAAACUCAUUGGUGGUUGCAAAAAAAUUGGUGUUCAGUAUCAUCAUUACUCGCAUCGUGCGAAGAAAAAUUUGUGCGAUAGGCUACUACAACAUAUGCUUCAAGAGUACUCAGAAAAGAUUUUUACAAGUGCAGAAAUAUGUGAAUGCUUGUAUGUCAAGAAUUAUGUGAUGGAACUGGUAGUUUGUACUGAUUUUUGAAAAUAGGCGUAAUAGUACACAUACUUGACGUUGAGUGAUACCAGGGAAAUUGAAAUUUCAUCUUAAGCAGCGAUAAUGGCAUCAGACCUGAAUUGGAACUCAAAUAUUACAGGCAUAGGUCCACAAUUAAAAAUGACACCAUCACAAAAUAAACCAAUGUUGCUGGAUCGUAAAUGUACGGCUAAUGAAAAGAUGUCAAAUAAAAGUUCCUUAGGCUUCGUUGCAAACAUUGUCCAAAAAAUGUUUAACAUGCUGAAACCUGUUGAAAUGCCUCUUACUGUAUUAGACAGAAACAAACAAUCAUUGUCUGCUCCUGAUAUAUUUGUCGACAUGGAUAUCAACACUCCGGUGUUUGAUACCUGUAGAACUAGACUUACUGUUCCAGAAGACAAAGAAUCUAGUGAUCAUAUGUCACUUUCUGUUGGUAAUAUGCCUUUCGAUUGGUAUUCAGUCGAAAAAACGGGGACUAAUGAAAGCUGUUCCUGGCGAUUUAAAAAAACAACCGGAGCUUAUCAGGAAGUAGAUUGGUCUUUAAGUAAGAAAAAGCGCCCCAAGACUCGUAGGUGUUUCAACCGUCACAGUAAAUCAAGGAUAGUUGGCAAAAAUCUGAAUGAGAAAAAUCGUCAUAAUUUGUCAGUGGAUAUAUUGGAAGAUUAUCGGCAAAUUCCAAACGACAUUGAAUUGGAAUCGGAGAUUGAAUAUUGUGAUUCUGGUAUGAGCGAAAACUUUAAAAAAGAGAGAAAUCUAGAAUUAACGUCUAUUAAUGCAUCAAAUGCAAGAUAUUCUUUAAAUCUAUCAGAAGAAUUCUUUCCAACGAUUGGUUUCUCGGUAACAAAUAACUCUGAAAUGGAAAUAUUCGAUGACAAAAUAAGGCAGGCUUCAGAAUGUGACAGCGAAAACAGUUUUGUGAUAUUUUCCGAAGAUAUAUAUCUAACAACGCCUUCCGCAAGCCCAAAGAGAAGGAACGAUCUCUGUUCGGCAAUUAAUAACUUGUUUUCUACGACUUCAUCACGGCAGCGAGAGAAACAUAUUUCAGAAUGCAGUGACGACAGUAUUGUUUUUUGUUAUGAUAAUAAACAUAGUAAUGCAGAUUGUCAUUUGAAUAACAGCGCUGACACGGAUAAUGAAAACGAUUCAUCCGAUAAAGAGAGUAUCGACGAAGAAAGUGAUGGAGAUCUUUCCCAACCGCCGGAUUCGGGUUUCGAGGAGAAAAAGGUGCGUUUUAAUCUUAAUCCCGAGGUUCAUGAGAUACGAGCUUGGGAUUUUGCAUAUCGUCAUGCACGGAAAGGCGAGUGGGAAAUGGCAGCAAGAGAUCGAGAACGAUUCAAGAAGCGCAUUGAAGAAACAGAACAUAUUCUUAAACAUGUGUUUGAGUGCACUUUGCGGGACCGAAUAUAUCAUGAAAGAUUUUCUAGUUAGUGACAUUAUAUAGUGGAGUCUACAUUAUAACUAGACGAACAUCCAUCUGUUAUAAACCCAUGGGGACAAAUUUGUUUCAGUUGGAUUAUAGGCGAAUCAGGAAAAAAAUAAUCAAAUGAAGCAUAACAAAACGAAGUCAAUACACAUGCUUUAGAAGUAAUAAAACUUUUUCUCCGGUUUGUUAAAAUAA